UGUUUAUAUAAACCCUCACCAUCGCUCACAGCAAGGAUAUACGCCACUGUGGACAGCAACAUAAACGACGUUCUUGUUCAAAAUGAAGCAGCUUGCAGUGGGAAUUCUUUGUUUUGUUUUUGCACAAAUCUCAGCGCUACCAACAACUUUGCAGCCAACAACUGAAACUAGAGACAGUGAAACCUGUCUCCAGGAUGCGUUUAUCAACGCCACGAAAGAUGCAGUAGAAAAUGGAACAAUUCAACUAACAGUUGAUCCAGGAUUUGAACGUUCUGGUGCCAGCGCGCCGACUAAUUACGACUGCACAGUACGUGGUGUACCAGCGGCAGUUCGCAGGAGAUUACGCCUGAGCACAUUCUACACCCAAUACGCGCAUGCGUACGGCAUACCGGUGCUCAGUUCGAGCCGCGUAAAGAGGAAAGCCCUGGAACGAGCCUGUUACGUCAUGAGGUUCUUGUUCGCCGACCGGAAAGAUGUCCGCGAUUGGUUUUACCGAAGAAACGGCCGUGCUGGUAUAAUGGCCAGAUCCGAAGGCACAACGACAAUUCCCGAGCACAGCUUCCUACCAGCAUGGUGGAACCAACGCGCACGGGGACUGGGCGCUACUAUCCAGGUUCCCAUUUCGACCGGAGGGGAAGAGAAUCUACUAUGCGAGUCCGGGGACCGUUACUACAAUGAGGAUAUAUUUUUGCAUGAAUUUGUGCACGGGAUUCAUAAUUUGGGCGCCACUGGAGCCAUUCCAUCAUUUGACGCCCGCUUGCGGGCCGCUUACAACCGAGCGCGCUCGUCGGGACUGUGGCGGAACACGUACGCCUUGAGUACGGACCGCGAAUAUUUCGCUGAAGGAACCCAAAGUUUCUUUAAUGUCAACGCGUACUCGCAAAGGCCAAACGGAGUACAUAAUCAUGUCAACACACGAGAGAAAUUACGUACUUACGAUCCCACGCUUUAUAACUUGGUGAAAGAAGUGUUUCCAUGUCAAAACAAUUUUCUCAAGCGAUGCGACGCCAAAAAUGGUAAAGCACCGCCGUCAUUUAGAAUGGACUGCAAAAAUGGAGGAGGAACAGUAGUUACAGAUAAACCUCCGAAACCUAACACACCUCCUGUUCCAACUCCUCCCGUCCCAACUCCUCCAAAACCAGACACUCCCCCUGUUCCAACUCCUCCAAAACCAGACACUCCCCCUGUUCCAACUCCUCCAAAACCAGACACUCCCCCUGUUCCAACUCCUCCAAAACCAGACACUCCCCCCGUUCCAACUCCUCCAAAACCUGAUACUCCACCUGUUCCAACACCUCCAAAACCAGACACUCCCCCUGUGCCCACACCACCAAAACCAGACACUCCCCCUGUGCCCACACCACCAAAACCAGACACUCCCCCUGUUCCAACACCUCCAAAACCAGACACUCCCCCCGUUCCAACACCUCCAAAACCUGACACUCCUCCCGUUCCAACACCUCCAAAACCAGACACUCCCCCUGUGCCCACGCCACCAAAACCAGACACUCCCCCUGUGCCCACACCACCAAAACCAGACACUCCCCCUGUGCCCACGCCACCAAAACCAGACACUCCCCCUGUGCCCACGCCACCAAAACCAGACACUCCCCCUGUGCCCACGCCACCAAAACCAGACACUCCCCCUGUCCCAACUCCGCCAAAGCCAACACGUCCAAAACCAACACGCCCAAAGCCCAACUGUUAUGAUAGAAACCAAAACUGCCGCUCUUGGGCCAGAAAUGGUGAAUGCAGCCGAAAUCCACUCUACAUGAAACCAAACUGUUGUGGUUCAUGUAGCGGGAAACCAACUAUAGUCAGACCAAUUUGUCGGGAUUCUAAUACCUACUGUUCCUAUUGGGCUCGGUUUGGAAAUUGCCGCUAUAACUAUUACAACAUAAGACAGUAUAGGUACAUGACAAUAAACUGCCGAAAAAGCUGCGGUUGGUGCCGCUGACCAUUUCGAUACCUUGUAGAACAAUUGGAUAUAUAUAGGGACAUUAGAGUCUAAAAGGGGAUAUAAUAGCAUUACCAAUAAAAACUUCAUGUUUACAUCAUUCAUUUCACGUAAAGAAAAUUGAUCCGAUAAUAAAAUACAGUUUUA